AUGGGCCUGAGCCGGCUGCCCGCUCUCUUUCUGCGGCGCGGGCUGGAGACGACCGCGGCGGCCGGGCCCCCGGCCCUGGCGGUGAUCCGGAUCCCGCGGGCCCUGCAGCUGCGGCAGGAGCGGGCCCCCGGGAGGCCGGGCUCGAAGGGCCCGCAGCCGAGGCUGUCGCGGCCGGGCCGGCUGCUCAUCUCCGCGCGGCGACCGCAGUUGAGCCAGCCCGCCGGCCUCACGGUGGGCCGGUGGGAGAGCGCCACUCUGGCCUCGCGUGGCUGGAAGCACCGCAAGGCGCUCGGCGACUACUUCGUCAUCGAGCGCUCGCAGGACGAGGCGCCCGCCCUGGGGGCUGGGACGCCCGAUUCCGGAGAGGGCUUCCAGGCCCUAGGGCUGGAACCCGCCUUGCUGGAGGCCCUGAAGGUGGCCGCGCCCUCCGCCCUCCGCCCCACCACCGUGCAGCUCCGCGCCAUCCCCGCGCUGCUCCGCGGCCGCCACUCGCUGGUGGCCGCCGAAACGGGCAGCGGCAAGACCCUGGGCUACUUGCUGCCGCUAAUGCAGCGCCUCCUGCACCGGCCUCGCCCGAGCCCCGGAGCCACCCGCCACGCGGUCGCCAAGCCCCGGGGCCUGGUGCUUGUGCCUUCGCGAGAACUGGCCAACCAAGUGUGGGCCGUGCUCGAGGCCCUGAGCCCCACCUUGGACUUGUCCGUGCGGAAGAUAGGCGGUGGCCACCGAAGGAGCAGCAGCAUCAGGACCCAGCUGGCCAGGGCCCCCCUCCUGGACGUGCUGGUGGCCACCCCCGGAGUCCUGGGGAUGGCACUGAAGCGGCGCCAGGUGACUCUCCGGGACCUCAGCUUCAUAGUUCUAGACGAAGCGGACACCCUCCUGGACCAGAGCUUCCUGGAGCUGGUCGACUACAUCCUGCGGAAGAGCCCGAUCACCCCAGAUCCCGCCGGCAUCACCCCCAAAGCGCAACUGGUGCUGGUGGCCGCUACGUUGCCCCAGGGCAUCGGCCAGCUGCUGGACGGUUUCACGGAGCUGGGCAGGCUCACCACCAUCACCAGCUCCCGGCUGCACCACAUCAUGCCCAACGUGGCGCAGAGGUUCCUGCGGCUCAAGGGAGCGGCCAAAGCUGCGGAACUCCUGCAGAUCCUCAAGCAGCACGCGAAGGGCGGGCCUGACCCGAUGGGGGCCGUGGUGGUGUUUUGCAAUACUUCCAGCACUGUGAAUUGGCUGAGCCACGUCCUGGAUGAGCAUAACAUCAGAUAUUUGAAACUGCAGGGGGAGAUGCCGGCCGCCUUAAGGGCCGGCAUCUUCCAGUCCUUCCAGAAAGGCUUCCGGGACAUCCUGCUUUGCACUGACAUCGCUUCUAGGGGUCUGGACAGCAUCCAGGUCGAAUUGGUCAUCAAUUAUGACUUCCCCCUCACCCUGCAGGACUACAUCCACCGGGCGGGGCGAGUCGGGCGGGUGGGCAGUGUGGUGCCCGGCUCCGUGAUUAGCUUUGUGACCCAUCGCUGGGACGUGGACCUGGUCCAGAAAAUCGAGUUGUCUGCUCGCCGGAGAAAAUGCCUCCCGGGCCUGGACACUGAGAUGAAGAAGCUUAUGAAUUAGGACUUGGUCCCGAUAAAUAACGACUGUUGAAAUGGGUUACUCUGCUGUUCCGUGUUUCUCUCCAAUAAACGAGGCUGUGGCAAAUCAG